AUGUGGGCUGCGAAUUCGUCGCUGACGUUCGAGCGCAAUUCGACGAAUCCCGAUAUCGUGAUAUCGUUUCGGAAAGGUUUUCACACGUUUGUAGAUCCUCGGCAUCAAGGUAGCCGAAUAUGUCCGUCGUUGCUGGACGGACCAGGAAACGUGUUAGCUCACACUUUUUUACCAUCGUCAGAAGUGUCAGAGGUGCACGUGGAUAGCGCGGAGAAGUGGUACAUCGAGUUAACUGUUAAUCCUGACGAUACGAUUCAUCUGUUGCAUACGUUGACGCACGAGAUCGGUCACGCAUUAGGAUUACAUCACAGUCCUUUAAAAGAUGCGAUAAUGUACGCUUUUGUUCCCUCUAAGACCUUUCCCGUGCGAUUGAGCGAGGCGGAUUUUCUCGCCAUUCAGAAUUUAUACGGUUUAAGAAAUAAGAGCGAAAUUGCGGGACCAGUUACGACGACCGUAGCGACGACCACGAUUGCGACGCGCGAUACGGGAUUCCGUGGAUCUGUCGAUCUAAACGGAAAAUCUUACGGUAGGUCGUUGUUACUGACGGACUAUCUGCAUUUCCUUCCCGAUAAUUUUACGCGUUUGGCGGGUGCGUAUCGACGACCUUCGGGCCAACUCGUAUUGUUUGUUGACAAUACGGUUUAUAUGAUAGAAUAUCCGAGUUUUGAGCUAGUACCGGGUUGGCCAAGGAAAUUGAAAGAUAUGAAUCUUCCUCCUAAUGCGAAAAUUAAUGCUGUGAUUAAUACUAACACGGGACGAACGUUCGCGAUCUACAACGACGAGAUCGUGGCCGAGAUCGACGAUUGCUCGAUGAUAGCCGUCAGGCAUAAUUCGUUGCACGCGAUAUUUCCUGGGAUUCCACCUGCUGUAACGUCCGCCGUUCGAUACAUCGACGGUAAUCUGUACUUUUUUGUUAAACGACAGUUCUUUAAAUAUAACAAAUUUACUAGAAGUGUAACUAUGGCCGGUAAAUUUGAUUCGGAGAUUUUUGGUAUCGUGUGUCCAAAGGACGGAUUGUUAGAGCAACUGCGCGCUCUUUUGAAAAGACUCGCUCAGAUGAGGAACGUAUUUUCGAGCGAGGAUGAUUUAGAAGAGGAGAGGGAGGAGGAAGAGGCACGGAAGUUUUCGCAUAAUGUAUAG